CAUUCCCAUAAUUUUGGCCUGAAAUCAUCGAGGUCGUCGUUGAGAAAUGAUGGUCGCGGCAUGAGGGUGAUGGCGGCAUCUGGGAACCUUUCCCUGGCUGCUACACAGGAAAAUGCUCUAGAAUGGGCCAAACUGGACAGGAGAAAAAUGCUUCAUGUUGUAUAUCGUGUUGGGGACUUGGACAAGAGCAUAAAAUUUUAUAGAGAGUGCCUGGGAAUGAAGGUGCUCAGAAGACAAGACAAUCCAGAUGAUAGAUAUACUAAUGUAUUUCUUGGAUAUGGGCAUGAGCAUUCACACUUUUCUAUUGAACUUACAUAUAAUUAUGGGAUUGACAGCUAUGACAUUGGAACUGGAUUCGGCCAUUUUGGUCUUGCACUUGAUGAUAUUAAGAGAAUAGUCAAUAUUGCAAGAUUAAGGGGUGGCAAAGUAAUUAGAGAACCUGGUCCUGACGAAGGAGGAAGCUCCAAUAUUGCAUUUAUUGAAGAUCCUGAUGGUUAUCAAUUUCAACUUUUGGAAAGGUCUCCCUCUCGUGAGCCCUUGUGCCAAGUAAUGCUUCGGGUUGGUGAUCUUGAUCGGUCUAUAAAAUUUUAUGAGAAGGCUUUUGGUAUGGACCUACAUCGUAAGCGAGAUUAUCCAGAAUCAAAGUGUACCAUUGCAGUGCUGGGUUAUGGUCCUGAAGAAAAAUCUCCUGUUCUGGCAUUGACUUACAACUAUGGAGUCACAAAAUAUGAUUUAGGAGAUGCUUAUGCGCAGUUAACAAUAGGCACAGAUAAUGUGUACAAAACUGCAGAAGCAAUUAAACUUGCUGGAGGCACGAUUACCCGGGAACCUGGACCGAUACCUGGUAGGGACACGCAUAUUACAGUUUGCGAGGAUCCCGAUGGUUGGAAGACGGUGUUUGUAGAUAAUGUUGAUUUUCUUAAGGAGUUGGAUAGGUGAUCAUGGCAAUUUUUUGAGACUUGACUUCAGGGCUCUGGUGAAGAAAUGGUAGUCUUUGUUGUAGCUGUUUGCUUCGGGAAUGAAUGUAUCAUACUCAAAUCCAUUUUUGUAGAUGAUGAAAUAAUGCCUAAAUAGAUUGACCUUUGCAGCAAAUUUCUGUAGUUUUAUUCAU